UUGCCAGGUUACCCCACAUAUAAGGAGAAGGUGAAGAAAAGACCAGGCGGUCGCCCAGAGGUCAUUUACAACUACGUCCAGAGGCCUUUCAUCCGCAUGUCCUGGGAGAAGGAGGAGGGUAAAAGCCGCCACGUGGACUUCCAGUGCGUUAAGUCCAAGUCCAUCACCAACCUGGCUGCAGCAGCGGCAGACAUCCCCCAGGACCAGCUGGUGGUGAUGCACCCCGGGCCUCAAGUGGAUGAACUGGACAUCCUACCCAAUCACCCACCGAGGGGGAAUCACUACAGCAACAACUACAACAACGAGCCUGAUCCUGAUGCACCUUCACCUGCUGUCUGAGGACUCGCCGGUCCUCUUUCAAUGCCUCUGCUCCUCUCCUCCUCUUCUAGUCCUACUCCCAGCAUGCUGCAGUGUGGAGCGCCAGGGGCACCAUAACCAUAUUGCCUUGACACCUCCUUUGCGGCCUUAGAGCCUCAAGAACCUGGACGACUAUAGAAGAAGAAAGGUGAGGGAUACAAGACUGCUGAAAGGAAAAGUUCACUUAUAUUUUCGUUUUGUUUUUUACUCGACCAAAGGAAUUUAUUUUUUGGGGGAAGAAAAAAAAAUUGUAAACACUUAUUAAUAACAUAUUAUUUACAACGUUAUUGUACCUUAAUUUGAUGAGUUUGGCUGAGCACUCUUUGUCACUUCUAGGUUUUAUUUCACUGUUAAUGUCGACUGUCUCGGGUGGCCUAACGACAACAUGUGCUUUCGGGUUUAAGAACCCGAGACUCGCUAAUAAUAUAACGUCCUGGUCAUGAAGAAAAAUCACUUCUCACCACCUUUUACAGUCAUGACGGAACUCCCGUCACACGUCCGGGGAGUGUGUGGUCGUUGACUGGUUUCCGAUGAUAUGUGAUGUUAUGCUCCUCCCACAGUGAAGACGUAAAGCAGAGCACGGGCGACUGUGGUCACAAUCUUUUUGUGCAAAGCUUGACAUUGUUGUUUAAAAAAUAAAAUCACAAAAUAAAGACAUCAAAACCA